AUGGGGUGUUACACAGCGCACAUGAGGAACUUGAAUUUUGAUGGGGAUGACGAACCAUCGACUGAUAUUUUCUAUGAUCCAUAUACUCAAACAGAUCAACGGUUAAAAGAAGGAGACAGAUUUCGUUCAAAGGAGGCAUGUAUCAUGGCCAUAAAAAGAUUUCAUAUGGCAAACAAUGUUGAUUUUAAAAUUGAUCGCGCCAACGUUGAGAGGUACAAAAUUAAGUGUAGAAACACUGAUUGUGGAUUCAGGUUGCAUGCAUCAUACAGGAAGAGAAGUGAUUCAUGGGUGAUAAGAUAUAUUUCCCAAGAUCACACGUGUGUUAACACAAAUGUUUCACAAGAUCACCGUAAGCUAAGUUAUGACAUUAUAUGUCAAGAAAUCUUGCCCCUAGUUGACAAAGAUCCAUCGUUAAAGGUGAAAACGAUAAUCUCUCAUAUCGUUGCAACUUACAAUUAUACUCCGUCUUAUAGAAAGGCGUGGCUGGCGAAGACCAAAGCGAUCGAAAUUGUGUAUGGAAAUUGGGAGGAUUCGUACAAACGACUCCCACGUUUCUUAUAUGCGCUUCAAAUUUAUGCUCCUGGAACCGUUACUAUUUUAGAGACCCUUCCGGCACAAUCUCCAGACGGAACGUGCCUUCUAGGAAAUGUGAUAUUCCACAGGCUUUUCUGGGCUUUCCGCCCAUGUGUUCAAGGAUUUGCAUAUUGCAAACCAAUUCUUCAAAUAGAUGGAACUUGGUUGUACGGAAAAUAUAAAGGCACCUUGUUGAUGGCUGUGGCACAAGACAGAAAUAGUAACAUUUUUCCUGUUGCGUUCGCUCUUGUGGAAGGAGAAACUGCUGGAGGUUGGGGUUUCUUUCUCAGAAAUCUUCGGACACACGUUGCCCCCCAACCUGAACUCUGUUUGAUUUCAGACAAACAUGCUUCCAUCGAGAGUGCGUACAACAAUCCAGCAAACGGGUGGCAAAACCCUCCUUCAACGCAUGUUUACUAUAUUCGACACAUUGCUCAAAAUUUCAUGCGAGAGAUAAAGGACAGGGCUCUUCGGAAGACUCUUGUCAAUGCCAGAUAUGCAUUGAAUCAACCGACGUUCCAAUAUUAUCGACAUGAAAUUGUAGUGGCAAAUCCAGAUGCAGGCAGAUGGGUAGACAAUUUUGCUAGAGAGAAAUGGACCAGAUCAUACGACAACGGCAAGCGAUGGGGGCACAUGACAACGAAUCUUGUGGAGUCUAUGAACGGAGUGUUUAAGGGCAUCAGACACCUUCCGAUUACUGCCUUGGUGGAAGCAACAUACUAUAGGAUGGCUUCUCUUUUCGCAAGAAGAGGUGAGCGUUGGAGUGCAGUUCUAGAAUCCGGACAACAUCGUAUUAGAAGAGACGUGUCGUACGACCCUCCUAAAAAUGAUAUUGUUGCUCCACAGGUGCACCUUCACGCUCUUGUUGUGUAUCUUUUGUCCGUUUGA